ACUCUCUCAUCCUCCUCACUCGCUCAAAUUUCCAACACGCUCUCUCUUCUCUCUCACUCUAUCCUUUUCCACACACAAAACGACAUGGCGUUGUCAACAGGCCUCAUCACCUCCACCACCUUCCUCUCCGGCGAGACGUCGUCGCUGGCCAAGCCUUCUCUCGCUUCCUCCUCCUCCGCUCUCAGGUUCGCCUACCCCAAUUUCCCUGCUAACCUCCGCAUGGCUCGCACCCCAACCCCACUCGCCGCCGUGUCCAAGCAGGCCACCACCACUCCACGGGAGCCACGUGGCAUCAUGAAGCCGCGCAAGGUGUCGCCGGAGAUGCAGGCCCUUGUCGGGGUCCCUGAGAUUUCUCGCACCCAAGCUCUGAAGCUGAUCUGGGCCCACAUUAAGGGCAACAAUCUUCAGGACCCUGAAAACAAGAGGAUCAUCGUUUGUGAUGAUAAGCUGAAGAAGAUUUUUGCAGGGAAGGACCGUGUUGGCUUUCUUGAGGUUGCUGGACUGAUUACCCCGCAUUUCCUUUGAUCCAACCUAUGUAGGAGAACAAACUUGGAGCCACGGACUGUUGAUGCAGCAAAUAUUUUGAAUCCUGGGGGUUCUGUUUUGGUUGAUGAUGUAGUAAAAACAAUGCUGCAGCAGUAGGCAUUUAAGUGUUUUAUAUCUAAGGAACUAGCUAUAGUUAGAGUUUUUACUUGGAUUCCUUAUCAUGGAUGUAGGUGUUGUAGCUAAAUGCAAUUAUGAGGUGCUGUUGGUUCUGCAUUGGAUUAAGUUUCAAGUUUUCUGGAAUCAUUAUCUAAGAAUUUUAGCGGUGCCUAUA